GUAUCCAUCAAGGACAAAGACAACUCGAGACCUGAAUCUCGAGCAUAAAAGCACCUGGAUCUCCUAUUCCCUUGGGUAUCGACAUCAGCAUCACUACCACUUUCCUCAAGCAUCACAAUUAAAACCAAAGCAGUGACAAAAUGCGUUUCACCAUCCCUCUCACCCUCUUCUUCGCCGCCCUGGCUAUCGCUGCUCCGGCCGCAGAGGCAGACAAUGAUGUCGACGCUGCAGUGUCUGAGGACCCUGGUCUGGCUGAUGCGCAGCGUUGUCGGCCAGGAUAUAGACAGUGCAUGGAUAACUGCAACCGUCACCACGGAGGUGAACGUUGCUUCCGGGCUUGCUGGGCUCACUACUGCUAGUGUUGCCCCAUACACAGCUGAUUGAUUGUCGGGUAGUCUCCAGACACAGUGAUUGAUUUGAUUG